GGGUGUUGUGGUGGGGGUGGUUGGGUGGGAAGCUAAAAAAAAAAAAAAAGAGAAAGAAAAGGGAAGCGUCUGUGACCGUGCCGGUUGGAGCAAGCCAGCUUUUAACCUUACAGGCUAACGCACACUCAAAGCACACGCCAUGAGCCGGCUGUGAGCCUGCAAAAGCUGGUGGGGGGGGGAGAGAGAGAAAACACUGAAGCCUUUUGAGAGAAAGCUCCGAUGAGAAGACGCGGUUAAGAGAGAGUGAGCUGCCGUAGAUUGUCCAAAGGGGCAGCGUUUCUCCUAGUUCCGGUUUGUCUGCCUGAGCUGUGUGCGAGUUGGGACCUAAACAAAAGGCUGCCGUCAUCUUAAAGGGCAUAUUCCGUCUGCGAGAGAGAGAGUCGUCCCUUGCUUGAUGCAAACCAAACCAUGAGCUCCUAUUUUGUUAACCCUCUUUUCUCCAAGUACAAAGGCGGCGAGUCACUGGAGCCAACUUACUACGACUGCAGGUUUCCACAAAGCGUUGCCCGUAGCCACACGCUGGUUUACGGACCCGGAGCAGCUGCGCCGGGCUUUCAACACCCGUCCCAUCAUGUGCAGGACUUUUUCCACCACGGAACCACGGGGAUCUCCAACCCCGGAUACCAGCAGAACCCGUGCGCGCUGGCUUGCCACGGAGACGCGACGAAAUUUUAUGGAUACGAAGCCCUUCCGAGGCAAACGCUUUAUGGUACCCAGCAAGACGCAAGCCUCGCGCAAUACCCAGACUGUAAAUCGUCGAGCAGCUCUAACCCCGGAGAAGGACAAGGCCACUUAAAUCAAAACUCCUCACCCAGUCUAAUGUUCCCAUGGAUGAGACCCCACGCCCCAGGAAGACGGAACGGGAGGCAAACCUACAGUCGCUACCAAACUCUGGAACUGGAGAAGGAGUUCCUCUUCAACCCCUACCUGACCCGCAAGCGGCGGAUCGAAGUGUCGCACGCGCUCAGCCUGACGGAGCGGCAGGUGAAGAUCUGGUUCCAGAACAGGAGGAUGAAGUGGAAAAAGGAGAACAACAAAGACAAGUUUCCGGGUCAGAGAGGGGAAGCCGAGGCCGAGGCGGAGGAAGAGGGCAACGAGGACGGUGAAGGGGAAGAGGGAGAGGAGAAAGACGCGGAAGAGAAAGAGGAGACCAAGGAGUGAUUUUAUGGUCUCUUCUUUUUUCUCUUUUUUUUAUGGUUAUAUGGCUGAAACAGAGAAAGAAGUCCCAUAAACAGACGAGGAGGUAGAGGGAGGCAGAGGGUCGACUUUAUGACCACCCUUUCAUUUUAGUCCAGAACGGACAGGAACCCACUGAUGUUGUUGUUGUCAUGAAAUAUUACGCAAAUUACCCCCCCUCCCCCCCACUCACUAAUAUCACCAUGCAACGAUGGUCAGUUCAU